GCCAUUGACGGACAAUGCUCCAUCCGGGUAUUCUCUCAAGGAGAAUAAUUUCUCCUGGAGUUGAAACCAUCUGCUCAAGAUGUCUGUCGAGGCUUUCAAGGCUUCCGUUACAUGGUAGUCGAGGUCUCGCCACCUCGACCAGACACCGGCAAGACUCGAGUCUCGCAGCUCGCGGGUACCUCUUUAGGGAUUAUUUUUCGGCAAAUGGAAUAGAAAAAGAGCUUCCACGGGGCUCGAGAUCUCGAUACGGUGGUCGAACUACGCGGGAGCAAUCAACGGCUUCCCUACAAGCGUCUGAUUCUCGGACGGAGAGCACUGAAGGCUCUGAGGCAACAUCGAAAUCAGACACACCAAUUGCGCUGAACUCUCAACGCGAGGAACUUCCACAUCGGAAACGGAGGCGGCGUCAUGAUCACGAUCAGUCGGGCGAGCCGGCUAUUCCACUAGAUGCCUCCAAUCGAUUGACCACCUUAUCUUCGAACAUGCCAGCCAAUUCCUUCCGAAGACUAUUCACAACCUAUCUCUCACUAUCGAAACCGAGACUUAGUUUUCUUAUUGUUCUUACGACCACUGCGGCGUACAGCGUGUAUCCAGUGCCCACUCUUCUCGAGACUGCAACCACAGCCGCGCCUUCGCUGAGCACCCUAACACUCGCAUUCCUCACUACCGGCACAUUUCUUACGUGCGCAUCUGCUAACACGCUCAACAUGAUGGCCGAGCCAGAGCACGACGCGAAAAUGAGUCGCACCCGUAAUCGGCCGCUGGUUCGAAAGCUCAUCACGCAGCGCGGUGCGCUUCUAUUUGCUAUCGCAACAGGAAUCACUGGCACCGUCGCACUCUGGUUUGGCGUCAAUCCCACAACCGCGACCCUAGCAGCAGCAAACAUCUUUCUAUACGCAGGUGUGUACACGCCAAUGAAGCGGAUAAGCGUGGCGAAUACAUGGGUGGGAGCAGUGGUUGGAGCCAUACCUCCUUUGAUGGGCUGGACAGCUGCAGCGGGCCAGACAGCAACGGGACCGGGCGAUUGGCGUGAGCUUCUGCUUGGCGAGAGGAGUGCAGGCGGUUGGCUUAUGGCUGCUUUGCUCUUUUGCUGGCAGUUCCCUCAUUUUAACGCGCUUAGCUGGGGCAUAAGAGAAGAAUACAAGAACGCGGGAUAUCGGAUGCUGGCUUGGACGAACCCCGCCCGCAACGCGCGGGUUGCGUUGCGUUAUAGCGUGCUCAUGCUGCCCGUCUGCUUGGGGCUUGCUUACGCCGGGGUUGUUGAGAAGGCGUUCAUUCCAAUCAGCACCGCUAUCAACGGCUGGGUUAUUUACGAAGCAGUACGCUUUUGGAAGCACGAGGGUAAGAAGGGAACGGCCAGAGCGUUGUUUUGGGCAAGCGUCUGGCAUCUGCCUCUAAUACUUGUAUCUAGUAUGAUUUUGAAAAAGGGCCUCUUGGAGCGAUCUUGGUCUGCUUUGACUGGAAAAAGCAUUGACGAGGAGGAAUGGGAGGAGCUUAACAUUAUUUCAGACGAUGAAGAACCAUGAGGGCUGAAGGUGAAUAGGUAUUUGUAUCUCAAUCGCCGCUCAAAGAACCCAACAUAGGUGCACCUGCGCUUGCCAGCGGGUAUGUACGACCGUAUCAAGAUGGUCACCAAAGUAAUAUUCCCCGAGGCAAUCAUAUUUUGGAAACUCUACCGCGUUGAUUUUUCCUAUUCGAGAAGAUUAUGUAGCUACCCGCUUUCUAGGUCACGUUUUCAAUCAUCGAAUCAGAUACUUUGCAUGAUUACUAGCGAAAAGAAUGUAUCUCAGUCCCAGAAGGAUCCUUUUUGACCAAGAAUACUUCCAAUACGAUACACAUCACCAGGGGACUUUGGUCAAAGUUGCCGUGUGAGAAUUGUUCCACGUUGAGCGGACUGGAUCAUCGGCGUUUGGUCGCUGGACUUGCCAUCGCCAAUGAUGGCGGAGCGUGUUGAAAUCGGGUAGCUCCGUCUCGCCGCUUGCAGGUUAUGCGUUAGACAAAGAUUGCGACAGCCACACGCGGAGAAGCGGCAAGCAAAUGAGCAUCUAGAAGUCCGCAAAGGAUAUCAAGGGGCCAAAACGAUACGAAUGGAUGACGCGUACCGAGGCGAUUGACGGCACCGAGCUUCUCGUCGUGAAGAUGUUGACAUUGCCCGAAUCUACAUACAUCCGGAGGACUUCUUGGACGCAAAGAACCGGACUUUGUGAGUAGCUUUUGUGCGAGAUUUGAGAGACAAGGCGCUGCCUGGACCGGACGCAGCUUUAUGAAUGUGAUUUGAGACAAUGAUGUACGAAAGUGGGCG